AUGUCGACCGAACGCGCAGUAAAGCUGAAGAAACCGAGCGAGCCACCAUCGCCGCGUGAGUGCGGGCCCCGGUCACGUUCGACCCCGCCCCCAGGUGGCCGUGCGACCGUCAUGCCAGCGCCGGUGGAACAUCCCAAGAUGAACCCGGCCAUGUGGGGCGCCCUCAAGAAGCACAUCAUGCUACAGCGGGAAAAGAAAAAGCAGGAACAGGAGGCAGAUGCUGCCACGGAGCGAGCGCGAGGCGAGCGUGAACUGAAACGCCGCCAGGUCGCCAUGAAGCUAGAGGAGAUCCGCGACCAGCUGCAGCAGGCGCAGAAGAAGCUUCUCAUGCUCAAGGAGGAGAAGCACCAGCUCUUCGCGCAGCUCAGGAAGGUGCUGCAAGAAGAAGACGCCCGCAAACGGCCUCUUCAGAAGAAGGCCGACGAGAUGGCUGCGCUCAGCCACCCGUACCAUCAACAGCAGCCGCACAACGCCGCGAUGCAGCAGCACUCUGCCGCGGCGAGCUCACAACACCUCCGCAUCCAGCAAGUGAACCAGGCGCACGCUACGUACCAGUUGCCGCAACCUAUUCCUCAGCAACCUGGCAUCUUGCAUCGGGCACUGCUCAAUCCACAGCUGACUCCGUAUCCUCGGCCUCCGUGGCCGCAAGCCACGACAUCGUCGUAUUCCCAGCAAGGGAGGCCGCCUCAGUGGGGCUUCUGGCCCCAGCAGCCCUACGCGUACACGGCUCAGUUUCCCGGCUCGACGGCGUACGGGGCUCCGAUGCCGAUGCCGGCGUACGCGCCCGGCCACGGCCCCUUCUACUGUGCGGGAACUCAGGUUCGUGGUGGUCUUGGUAGUAGCUACGACGCUGGCCUACGGUGA